GUCGCCCGGUGCUGCGGGGCGGGGUUGGGGGGGAGAGCCAUGGGCUGCAGCUGCUGCCGGCUGGUGUUUUCGCUGCUGCUGGCGGCGGCGUUGGCGUGCCGGGCCGCGGCCCUGUGGCCCUGGCCCCAGUACAUCCGCACGUCCCACCGGCGCUACACCCUGUACCCCAACAUCUUCCAGUUCCGCUACCACGCCGGAUCGGCCGCGCAGGCAGGCUGCGCCGUCCUCGACGAGGCCUUCCAGCGGUACAGGAAGCUGCUCUUCGGUUCGGGCUCAUGGCCCCGGCCCAGCUUUCCAGGAAAGCGGUUUGUGCUGGGGAAGGAAAUGCUGGUUGUCUCUGUGGCUACAGCAGAGUGUGAUGAGUAUCCUACUUUGGAGUCAGCAGAGAACUACAACCUGACCAUAAAUGACGACAAGUGUUUACUCCUCUCCGACACUGUCUGGGGAGCUCUCCGAGGUCUGGAGACUUUUAGCCAACUUGUGUGGAAAUCUGCAGAAGGCACGUUCUUUGUCAAUAAGACGAGGAUCAGAGACUUUCCCCGCUUCCCUCACCGCGGCUUGCUGCUGGAUACGUCUCGCCAUUACCUGCCGCUGUCUAGCAUCCUGGAUACGCUGGAUGUCAUGGCCUACAAUAAAUUCAACGUGUUCCACUGGCAUCUGGUUGAUGACCCUUCCUUCCCAUACGAGAGCUUCACUUAUCCGCAGCUUAGCAGAAAGGGGUCCUACAACCCUGCCACCCAUGUGUAUACAGCACAGGACGUAAAAGAGAUCAUUGAAUACGCACGGCUGCGGGGUAUCCGGGUGCUGGCAGAAUUUGACACUCCCGGCCACACUUUGUCCUGGGGUCCAGGUGUCCCUGGGUUACUGACUCCUUGCUACUCUGGAUCGCAGCCCUCUGGCACCUUUGGACCAGUGAAUCCCAGUCUCAACAGCACCUAUGAGUUCAUGAGCACAUUCUUCUUGGAGAUCAGCGCUGUGUUCCCAGAUUUCUAUCUUCAUUUGGGCGGAGAUGAGGUUGACUUCACAUGCUGGAGAUCAAACCCCGGGAUCCAGGACUUCAUGAAGAAGAAGGGUUUUAACGACUUCAAGGAGCUGGAGUCCUUCUACAUCCACACGCUACUGGACAUCGUCUCUGCUUAUGACAAGGGCUAUGUGGUGUGGCAAGAAGUGUUUGAUAAUAAAGUGAAGGUUCGGCCAGAUACAGUCAUACAAGUAUGGCGGGAAACGGUCCCGGUGGACUACAUGAAGGAAAUGGAAAAGAUCACCCAGGCUGGCUUCCGAGCCCUACUCUCUGCCCCCUGGUACUUGAACCACAUAACCUAUGGCCCCGACUGGAACGACAUGUACAAAGUAGAGCCCCUGGCAUUUGAUGGCACCCCUGAGCAGGAAGCUCUGGUGAUUGGAGGAGAAGCCUGUAUGUGGGGAGAGUAUGUGGACAGCACAAACCUGGUUCCUAGGCUCUGGCCCAGAGCAGGGGCUGUCGCCGAAAGACUGUGGAGCAGCAACUUGACAAAUAACCUAGGCUUUGCCUAUGAGCGUCUGUCGCAUUUCCGCUGCGAGCUGCUGAGGCGAGGAGUCCAGGCCCAGCCCAUCAAUGUAGGCUACUGCGAACAAGAAUUUGAACAGACCUGAGCCAGCAGCCUCCCGCACCCUGGAGGGUGCUGGCCCUAAGAACGCAGUAGUGGGGCCAGGCUUCCACUGUCCUGGCCAGGGGACAGAGCCCCUUGCCUUGUGUGCCCCUGUGACUAGAGAGGAGGAGGCUGGUGCUGGCACUGGUGUUCAGUAAAGAGCAAUAUGGCAUA